AUGGCUUCCCAAUAUCACGACGAUUGGCAAUCAAGUAAGAAAACAGUCUUACAAAGAAACGCGUAUAUGUUUGAUAACGAAUUGAUGAGCGAUGUAUCUUUCACUUGUGGGGAAUCAAGUCGCAUAUUUCAUGCACACAAAUACGUGCUUGCUACGAGCAGUGCUGUGUUCUUUGCCAUGUUUUACGGGAAUUUAGCCGAGAAAGAAUUUCCCAUUUGUAUCCCAGACGCGGAAGAAGAAAGCUUCGAAGAGUUUCUGCGAUUUCUGUACACUGACGCUUGUCAAAUAACCGCCGAGAACGCGAUAGGUGUUAUGUAUUUGGCUAAGAAGUAUCUCGUUUCGUCUUUGGUGGAGAAGUGUUGCGAGAUUCUAGAGGCAAGCAUCAAGCCUGAUAAUGCCUUCGCGGUGUUGGAGCAAGCGGUGCAAUUUGAUGAAAAACAGUUAGAAGCAAAGUGCUGGGAUAUUGUUUUGCUGAAAACUCAGGAAUGCGUCAACUCGGAAGCGUUCUGUAGUAUCGCAUCAUUUACGCUCAAUGCUUUUUUAAAGAGAAAGACGCUCUUAAUAGCAGAACUUAGAUUGUUCAAAGCAAUAUUGAAAUGGACCGAUAAGGAAUGUGCAAGGCAGGGUUUAAAUAUCGAACAUGAUAAAACGGCAAGAAGACGCAUCCUAGGAGAUAGUGUUUAUGAAAUUCGUUUCCUUGCAAUGCCUCUGGAAAACUUUGUGAAAUAUGUCUCCCGCACUGGGAUACUUACAGACACAGAAAUUGUGUCCAUUUUGCAAAAGCUUUGCGGAUUAGAUGUGGCAGGCUUGAAAUGGAAGGAACAUAAAAUGUGGCAACCACGUGUUGUCAGUUUCAGCAGAUUUGACCCUCACAAUGUUUAUAGCGGGACCAUUCCGAGCAGAUGGACCGAGAUGUGGGCUUACCACGGAGAAUCCGAUGCUCUUACUCUGGUUGUCAAUAAAGUUGUCCUCUUUCACGGUGUUCGCUUAUUUGGUUCCGAUGGCGGCCGAUACAAAGUCAAAUUUACGAUUAAGGAUACGAAUGUAACACAGUCCUACACUUCAGAACGGAACAGUGACUGCGUGCCGGGUUAUGACGUCAUGUUACCCAACCCAAUCCCUCUACUACCAAAUGAGGAGAUCACAAUAAUUGCAACAAUAAUAGGACCACGUUCUUACAGCGGUACUCGUGGAAAAUCAUCAGUGACGAUCGAUGACAUUGUUGUAACUUUUAAAAACGCGCCUUCUGGCUUGAGUACCAAUGGUACGGACAGAUCUCAUGGUCAGUUCUACAAGAUUUUUCUUGCUGAGCUGAAGUUUUGA